UGGAGCGACUGCGCCCGAGGAGGAAAGUACGGCUGUAACGCUCAUAUCUUUGUUGUUCUCUAACGGUCUGUGAAUCCACUGUCCGAUUAAGAGACGGCAACUUUAGACUGUUCACAGAGAAGUGAGGGCAAUAAAAGGUGCAAAAUAGCCUGCCUUUGUUUUGUGUUGCCAUGGACAAGGCUUGGCGGGUGGAGUUUAGAAACGUGGGCUGCAGUUACUUCCCUCAGAGCAGAGUCGAUUGCCACUACACACUGAGCUCUUGGCACAACUGGGCCAGCAAUGACUGGAUAGGGCUCUUCAAGGUGGGAUGGUCAUCGAUUAAGGACUACCACACAUUUGUUUGGGCACUAGCCCCAGCUGACUACCAAGAGGGCACCGAUGUCAACUGCUGUGUGCACUUCCAGGCCUCCUACCUACCCAAGCCCAGCUCCCAAGAGUAUGAGUUUGUGUACAUCGAUGCCAAGGGGGAAGUGUGCUCCCGCAGUUGCAAAUUUACUUUCUGUGCACCAAAACCACUUGAGGAUCUGGUGACUCUUGAGGAAGAGCCCCAUGAAGAGGAAGGAGGCACAGGCAUGCUGCUGGUGGUACCCAGGGCUGAACUGCUGCAGAGUCGACUGCAGGAAUGUCUGCGAGAGCGGGCCGAACUGCUGCAGGUGCAGGAGGCAGCAAACAGACAAAGGGAGAAAGAGAAGGAGGAGUACAAGAGGGCAAGGGAGGCCUGGGACAGACGACGCAAAGAGCUGGAAAGUGAUAUCUCCAGGCUGCAAGAAGAGCUGGAGCAGAGUCGAGAGAAGAUAAAGGAGCUAGAGAGGAAGCAGAAGGAGGAGCAGGCUUUAGGAGAAUCACUUGCCCAGGAGAAAAGUGCUUUAUUGGAUGCAAGGGAGGUGAGCGAAGUGCAAAUCAAAGAGCUGGAGGAGGACAUCAAAAUCCUGACGCUGAGAACUGUGGAAAGAGAGACAGAGUUGGAAAGGAUGAAGGAAAGAGCAAAGAGGGCAGGAGCUCAGAGGAAAGAAGAGGAGAAUGAGAGAAAGAGCCUGCAGGCCAAGCUGGAACAGACUGAAGGUGAACUCAGAAGUCUUUCCAAGGAGUUCCAGGGUCUGAGGAACUCACUGGCCCAAAGAGACACCAGUGUCCUUCAGCUCCAAAACACCAUCACCACCCUCACCCAGAAACUCACCACUGCCCACAGGAAAGAGGCGGAGAGCGAGGCGGUACUGAAGGAGAUGCGGAGCCUGCGUGAGCGUUUGAAUUCUAGUGAGCGUGUUGCAGAGGGCUUGAAGAGCGAUCUAAGUGCCAUGGUAACCCAGAGGGAUCACGGGCAAGCUGAACUGCAUCAGGCCCGUCUGCAGGCUGCUCAACUCACCCUUCAGCUUGCAGAUUCCAGUCUGGCCCUGAGAGAGGGAAGAGCCCACUGGGCCCAGGAAAGGCAGAAUCUGCAGCGCUCUGCUGAGAAGGACCACGAGCAUCUGGAGAAACUCAAUGCAGAGAUGCAGAGGAUGGAGGAGAGGCUGCAGGAGGAGAGGAUGGAGAGAGUGAAGUUGGAGGUUGAGCUUGGAAGAGAAAAGGAUUGCAACCGGGUUCAGCUGAGUGAAACCCGCAGGGAGCUCCAGGAGCUGAAGGCCAGCCUGAGGGUUGCCCAAAAAGAAAAGGAGCAGCUAAUUGCAGAGAAGCAGGAGUUGAUGGAGUACAUCUGUCAGCUGGAGCAGAAGAUGGGAACAGCAGCCGGUGCCAAGUGGGGCGCUGCCCCGAACGCCUCUACAGGGCGGCCUGCCAGCGUGUUAUCGGACUCUGAGGACGAAAACCCAGAGGCCUUGCAGCCCCUCCGUCCUCCAAGACCUCUGGGACACUACAGCUUGUGUGAGCAGGGCCAGCCUGACUCCUUGCUCCUUGCCACCCCUCCUCCUUCCCCAAGGGAGAUGGAGAGGAGCGCGGUGGUCAUCAACCAGCCAGCCCCACUCACCUCACCACACCAGGCCGGUGCUGACACUCUCACGCACAGCUCUGAUUCGGAGGAGGAAUCUGAUCCACUUCAGUGUGGAAGGCACAGCUCUGGAGAGGAAACGGCACUUUUGCUACCUGAGCACACGGACGCUGUUCUCAGUGAUCUGGCCGACACCUCGCUAUGGUAACCAGUGGACAGCCCGGCCACGGCCACAACGGGGGGAUCAAAGAGAGGAGAGGGGGGGACUUAGUGUGGUUCCACAUUACUUCCGCUAACAAGCACAUAUACAGCUCACUCACUACACAGACAGAAUAUUAAUAUGCAAUCUACAUUGUAUCUGCCGUGAACCUUGGUUUUUCCCUCCUAGACUGUUGUGUUAUUGCCCUUACUAUUUUGUUGUUAGGAAUGACAUGAUGCUUGUGGCGGCAGGUCAACACCAAGUUUAUGACUGACAUAAGACUGUUGCGUAGUUCGAAACGACGGGCUUUCAGGCGUGGGCUACGGCAUUCGAGAGUUCGCGGGCUGUAGCAGAAUGAUUUCUGUUGAAUCAUUGCUAUGUCGAGAGCUUUACGAUGGAUGCUAUGUCGUUUUUAUGACAUUUGUGAUUAGGAGUCAUGACAGCCACUGUAAUUAUGAUGUUUUGUGCAGGCCCAGCUCCACUGAAAAUCAUGGCAAAACUCUCUUCCAGCAUUAAAUUCUCCACAGCAGCUUCGAACACUAUUCAUGGCAGCGUAAUGUAAUGAUACAGCAUCAUGCUAGAAAUAUAUUGCGGUAAUGUAGGUCUAUGACAUCAUAUUUCUCCUCCAUUUACUCAGAGCUAAGAUUUGAUAUGCACUUUCUUGUACGCAUUAGCAGUUGAUUGUCGUGCCGUUGCAGUUCAGGAGAUUUAGUGAUGCAGAGACGCCCCAAGAUGGACGAGCGCUUGAAACAGAGAGCUUACUGAACAGAUUGUGUUUAAAGUCUAUCGAGAUAGAUGCCAGAUGCAACUUUCUACUUCAGCAACUUCAUAUCGUCAUUAUUAUAAAAUUAAUGCUCAUAAGCUUUUCACUGUAGAUCAGCUGCAGUUUUUACUCGUUAAUGAGCGAUCCUGGAUUUUACAUUUCAUAGUUAUUGAAAUGAAAUGCUAAUUUACUAGCUUGUCAUUUGGAUAUUUAGCAUCAGUCUUUACUACAGUUUAUAUAUUGUACAGAAAUCUUAAUUCACAGUCAUGCAGUUCUAAAUUUGUGCCUAAAAUAAUGAAAUAAGAGUCAAAGUAAAUCCUCUCUAUAGAUCUUAACAUCAUGACAUGGUGUUAGUAUUUUCCCCCAGCCCUAUGGCAAUGUACUGCCUACUAAAAAUUGCUUACUACCUUUUAAUCAAUACUGUAUGCAUUUUUCAUGAUUUUCUAUUUAUAAUUAACUUGAGUUAUGCUGCAAUGAAACUAUAUUCAGGUUUAGUUUGAAAUAGACGUUCGGAUUUCACACACAACUCUUUGUGCAAUGUGUGACAAAGUUUUCCAUGCUUGGCUAAGAAAAUUUGCUAGACACUUUGAUGCUUGAUUCUAUCUGCUGUAUUUGCACCCUAUUUUUACUAUAGAUAAGAGUUUUUAGCUGAAACCUUGAUAUAUGGAUACUUUAACAAUGUCAGUUGUGUCUUUUCACCAUUAUCUUAAUCAUUACCAUUGUGUGUUGUGUUUACGCAUAUUUUUACUGUGUUUUUAUUUUCUGCUUUCAAAUACUCACUUUGAGUCGAUAAAGAUUUAAUAUUUGAGUUUUCAUUGUUGCAAGAUUCUGGUGCUAAUGAAAGGGAAUGAUACCAGCAUGCGGGGUUUAAGGCAGAGGGUGAAAAUCUGCAAAAGAAAGGGAUUUUAAUGUUUAAACAGCUUCAGCAGGAACGGGAUUAUUAAGGUAGAAAGGGAUACGAGUCUGUCCAACCUCUCAUUUACUUUGUGCCACUAGGUAUUCUGGUGUUGCCGUACAUGUUGAUUCUCCAUGUAUAGAGUGUUUUGAGGUGUCUGGUAUUCUUUCCCAGAAAAUAGCACACUACAUGUAUUCUCCAUAGUCCUUGUUUGUGGUUGUAUUUGGACUUUAUGUCUUAGGGAAGUUUUUUUUUUUUUCUUGUUCCACUGAGAGCUCCAAUACAAGUGCUCCUCGUCGGGGCACUGUCUCACAUUGCAAUAAAGCUCCAGCGGUUAUGGUUUGUUUUGAAGUUUUGUGUGUGAAGGUUAUCCCACAUGUACACCACCGUGUAUUUUCUUAUCAGUCAUGUAACAGGGUUUGGGUGGGUUCUGUAUAAUAAAAUGGU